UCCUCUAUUAUGUAACUCUGCUGAAUACGGAUAUUUAUAAUCUGUAUGUGCUGUGUGGAGUUAUGACAUCAUCAGGCACAGCUGACCAUGACCAGCGUUUGGGGAAGCAUGCAAACCAAUCUAUCAUGGGGACGAUGGGCUGCCAGAAGAAUUGCAAGGUGCAGAAACUCCUGAAACACUGUCAGAGGGAUGUGAUCUGGAAUCAAAGGCAGAGGUUUGCUCCAGAGAAGAGGAGUCGGAUGAGAGCCACGGAUAAGAUAAGAAAUGAGGUGUAUCCGGUGCAGCUUCCCGGCCUGCAAUGUUUGGACAGCUAUCAUCUUCUAGAGAACAGUGAAGCACUUGGUCUCCAGCCGGAGGAGCUGAACCACCACAGGCAGAAGCAGAAGUUACUGGAGAGUGAGAUCAGCUCUCGAAGGAAGGAGUGUGAAGCACUUGAGGCAGAGGUUAAGAAGAAGAAUCAAACAUGCCAGACUUUGGAGAAUGAGCUUCAAGAUUUUCUCCAGGAGAACCAGCACUUGAGCCUGCAGUUGUUCAGCAAUAGCCACAAGGCGUGUGAGUAUGAGAAGGUGAAGUCUGAGUAUGCUCAGCUCAAAGAUACCCUGGGUUCUGUGACGCAGGAGAGAGAUUUAGCCCUGUGGGAGAGGAACCAGCUCCGAGGCAAACUGGAGAACCUAGAGCAGGUGCUCAAGCAUAUGCGAGAGGCUGCAGAGCGGAGGCAGCAACUCGAGUUGGAGCAUGAGCAGGCCCUGGCUGUACUCAAUGCCAAGCAGCAGGAGAUCGACCUUCUUCAGAAGGCUCAGGUUGAGGCUAAAAAGGAACAUGAAGGCGCUGUCCAUCUGUUAGAGAACCACUUGGACAGCAUGCAGGCAAAAGUCCGCGAGCUGGAGGAGAAAUGUCGGAGCCAAAGCGAACAAUUCAACCUGCUGUCGAAAGAGCUGGAGAAGUUCCGACUCCAGGCGGGGAAGUUCGACAUCCUCAGCACGGAACCUUUGACGCUAUGUGAAUCCCCCGGGUCACCCAACAAAUCUCUGUCCCAGCUUCUCAAUGGAUUGGCGGCCCCCUUAGGAAAAGCUUUGUUGUGCCUCACAGGCAAUGAGGCUCCUACGAGCAGAUCUUUGAUAUCGGAGUUUAUUCGACCGCUCCAGAUCAGCGGAGACAAGCCUGAUCUUCUCUCAGUCAAGCCAACGUUCCUGACUCGAGGUCGAUCCAGCAGCCCGGCGAGAGCCUUCCUCUCUGAGAUGGACAAAGAGAUUGGUUCUACAAGAUCGAAACUUCGGUUCACCGGGAAGGUUCGAUUGUGUAUAGCUCGCUACAGUUACAAUCCCUACGACGGUCCGAAUGAGCACCCUGAGGCGGAGCUCCCCCUGGUGGCGGGAAAGUAUCUCUACGUUUACGGGACGAUGGAUGAGGACGGCUUCUAUGAAGGAGAGCUGCUGGACGGCCAGCGGGGUCUUGUCCCCUCCAACUUUGUGGAUUUUAUCCAAGACGAGGAGAAACAGAGGGACUCGGUGACAAAAGAAUCGGCAAGUGCAAAUCACAGUAGCCUGGGGACGUCAAGAAUUGGACUCAGCAGGGGACUUGGGACGAGUAUCAGCAGCCUGCUGUCUGACACAAAGCUCGACUGUCUGAGCUCCAGCAGGUUGGGCACAGACCUGCUUGGGUCAUCUAGCAACGGGACAGGAACCUUGGAUGUGAAUAUCGAUGAGGUUGGUGAAGACAUUGUGCCUUAUCCUCGCCGCAUAAACCUGAUUAAACAACUAGCCAAGAGUGUUAUCAUUGGCUGGGAUCCCCCUGUGCUCCCUCCAGCUUGGGGCUCCAUCAGUGGCUACAAUGUCUUGGUGGACAAGGAAGUACGUAUGAGCGUCCCCUACGGGGGCAGGACGAAAUCUCUGAUCGAAAAGCUGAACCUGCUCACCAACACGUAUCGGAUAUCGGUGCAGAGCAUCACUGACCGCGGCCCUUCCGACGAGCUGCGUUGCACAAUGCUGGUGGGGAAGGACGUGGUAGUAGCACCUUAUUACCUGCGGGUGGACAACAUCUCGCAGGGGUCAGCAGAGCUCUCCUGGAUGCCCAGCAACAGCAACUACAGUCACACCAUCUUCCUCAACGGCGCCGAGUACGACAUGGUCAAGGCCGGAGGCUACAAGUAUAAGUUCUUGAACCUGAAGCCCAUGACAGUUUACAAAGUGAAGGUGGUCGCACACCCACAUCAGGUGCCCUGGCAGCUUCCAGGUGACCAGCGAGAGAAGAGGGAGAUCUCUGUGGAGUUCUGCACUCAGCCGGCAGGUCAGCCCCCAAAACGGCCUCCGCUCCCUCCUCAGGAGGUCCAGGUUCAGUGCGGUCAGACGCCAGGCUUCCUGCAAGUGCGGUGGAAGCCACCUCCUCUUACUCCUGCCGGAACCUCCAAUGGGGCCUGUGUGAUCGGCUACGCCGUCUGCACGAAAGGACAGAAGAUAGCGGAGGUGUUGUACCCGACGGCGGACUAUGUAACGGUGGAGAUCAACAGGAUUCAGUGUUUGGAAGCGAGAGAAGUCAUAGUGAGGACGUUAUCCACACAAGGAGAGUCACAAGACUCACCGGUGGCUGUGAUCCCACACAGCCUCUUGGGAUCUCCUCGCCUGUCCCGUCGAACUACAGGACCUCCCCACACAUUGCCACACACGGGCCCUUCACCGACACAUCCCCCUUACCCUUCAACGUAUCCCCCAAAUCACCCUCAACCACAGGUGCAGCCUCGAGCGCAGCCUCACACGCUGCCCCAUGCACAACCCCACACUCAGCCCUUUCCUCAGCCUCCUCCUCAUCCACAGCCUCAUUUCCAACGGCAGCCCUUGCCCAAGUCUAAACCGCUCAUAAGUGCCAGAGAGCCAGAAACCAAAGAGCACGACACGCGGCUGGGUCAACCAUGGGAGCGCUGCCCUUCACCUCUGCCUCCGAUGCGUGGAGCCAACCUGGAGCUGCCGCAUUUCCCGCCCCGGCGGUCGCCCUCUCCUCAGAGAAUUCUGCCUCAGCCUCAGGGAGUACCCAUACCUAACACCAUCGCCAAGGCUAUGGCCAGGGAAGCUGCGCAGAGAGUCUUCGCUGAGGGCAACAGGGUGGAAAAAAGAAACAUCUUCAGCGAUCGCGGUAACGCCAUGCAUCCCCUCAACUCGGACGAAGAGGAGGAUGGAUACGACUCUCCUCACGCUCGCAGAGGAGCGUCGGUGGAUGAAUUCCUCCGAGGCUCUGAGCUAGGGAGACAUCACCAUCACCAUCACUACAGCCACAGCGAGGAGUACCACACGGAAAGCAGUCGAGGCUCAGACUUAUCUGACAUCAUGGAGGAAGAUGAGGAAGAUCUCUACUCGGAGAUGCAACUGGAAGAAGGCCGCAGGCGCAGCAUCAACUCUCACAACUCCUUGAAGGCUUACUACAAGCGUCAAGAUCUUGCGGAGGAAAGGGACUGUUGGGACCUCCAAAGAGAGGUGGUGAAGCAGAAGUCGCUGCGAAGCAAACGCCUCCACAGCAUCCCAGAGGUAGAGGAGGAAUCGGACAGCGUGGACAGUAUGGGCCAGCAGUUGUACUUUGAUGAGAGCGGGCAGCCGGGGACGCCGCAUGCACCACGGAGGAUGUACUCGCAGGACAGCCACCUCCCCGCGGGCAAGAGUUCUCGCCACUUGCAGCGGCAGCGCUCCUCCCCUCGCUUCACUGACAGUCGCUACUAUUACAGCACAGAGGAGCGUAGCCUGGGGCGACCCAACCGCCAGAAUACCAAAAGUCCCGACAGCGGUCUAGACUGUGGCAGUGAAGAAGAAGGUUCUCUCGGCAGGGGUCAUCGAGGGUACUAUACCCCUUACCCCAUGCGAGGGCCAGUGCGCAUCAUCCACUGUGAAGGGCCAGUAGAAAGGCGAGCCCUGGCGAUGGGACGUAAGCGGACGUUGACUCGCCAGUGCAGCGUGGAGGAAGACUACUCUGACAUGACUUCGGCCAAGUCUGUGCACACUGGCGACUUUAGGAACAGAGAGCACUUUGGGCCGGGCCGGGAGGCCGGGCUGAGAAACUACACGAGUGAGGCUCGGCUGAACAAGCUGGACAGGGUCUAUUACAGUCCUCACAGGGACUCUAGGGUCCAGACUUUGUCCAGGCUCAACCGGGACCAUUCACUGAUCAUUGGGAACUCGCCGUCACACGGAAAUGCCGACCAUCUGGAUCACUCGGGGAGGAGGCCAGUUCACAUUGGCACCCCCCCUCAGCGAAGACCCAUCCCCUCCAUUGAGAUCACCAUGGACAGUAACAGUGAGGGGAGUGAGGGGAACCCCUCGCCCGUCAAGGAGGAUGUUUACUAUGGCAGUGUAGCUCGGCGCAGGAUAUGGCGGUCCUCAGAGGAUCAAUAUGACGGCUACGGCGCUCGCAGACACGGGCGAGGACGGAGGACGCAGGAGUACUAUGACGAAUCGGAGGCCGAGGAGAUGACCCGAGUGUUCGUCGCCCUCUUCGACUACGAUCCCCUGUCCAUGUCUCCCAACCCAGAUGCCGCCGACGAAGAGCUGCCUUUCAAGGAGGGUCAGAUUAUCAAGGUGUUUGGCUAUAAAGACACAGACGGCUUCUACAGAGCAGAAAUCCGAGACAGAGUGGGUCUGAUCCCAUGUAACAUGGUAUCUGAAAUUCAAACGGAGGAUGACGAGAUGAUGGGCCAACUCCUCCAGCAGGGCUUCCUGCCACUCAACACUCCGGUGGAAAAAUUAGUCAAUUGUGACCGCUUCAAAGAUGGCCGCCCCAUAAACCGCAGGUCCAGGAAGUCUAAAAGAGAGAGAAACCGGAGAAGUGGACGACCGCACCCAAUGUCAACACGGAGAAUGGUGGCCCUUUAUGACUACGACCCCAGAGAGAGCUCCCCAAACGUGGAUGUAGAGUAUGAGGGCAGCAGGCUGAAUGAGGAGGCUGAGCUGACUUUCUGCGCUGGUGAUGUCAUCAUGGUUUUUGGGGAAAUAGACGAAGAUGGCUUCUAUUAUGGUGAACUCAACGGUCACAAAGGACUCGUUCCAUCCAACUUUCUCGAAGAAGUGCCUGAUGACGUGGAGGUUUAUCUCACUGACUCGCCAUCUCGAUACCCCCAGGACACUCGGAUAAAGACCAAAAGGAAGAAGAGUGUUCAUUUCACACCGUAACGGCUGUGUUUCCGUCACGUAAGUGAGCAACUGAGGAUACCCAGAUUACCAACCCCUCGUCUAAUGCAGAUGACAUGGGUCCCCUUAGCUUCUGGUACGCAACAAUAACACCCGCUGUUCUCUGGACGAAACCCUUGUUUCAAACCCUCAAAGUCUCAAGACACUUGCCAAUGCAUUAGACAAGACGUGUGGUAUCUUCAGUUGUUUCUCUGAGUGUUGUACAUGACAAUGUCCGUCUCCUCGAAUGAGUCUCCAGCUGUAACUCAUGCAAUGCUAAAAGGCCAUUUUUGCACUGCAAAUGUGAAGAAGACGCCACAAAUUUAAGCCGACAUUCUAUUUAAGUUCAUAAAGCUAAAACGAAUCCAUUUAAGGAAAAAAUUCGAGAAAUUUGAGAAAGCUUUUUUCCCCUACAUUUUAGCGUACAGUAUAAUUUUUUUUUUUUCCUGAAAUAUUUGCGCAACCAGGUACCCGCACAGAUUGACCAAUAGUGGCGCUCAAGCACCAGCCCUUUAGAUGGAGCCCAUUUUUCCCCCCUCACCUCGAGAAUUCUUAAGACGGGGCAUUUUUUGAGUUCACUCCAAUUAUGUUGUGCCCCUCCCCCCUUUUUAAAUUGCUCAGUUAUUACUGAGUUAUUAAAAAAUAAAAGUGACCUUGCGAUUUAGUUACAGUAAAAACAAAAAUGUUUUGAAUAAUUUUCAAUAGGUGCCCAUUUUUUCUGGCUUUUCCACCUGUGCCCCAAAACAUCUGUGCAUGUGCCUAUGGACAGUUUUUUUUAAACUAUAUGUGAUGUACAAAAUUGAUUAUAAAAAUGCUGUACGUUUAUAGCCAACACUCCAUUUUCACCUCAGAUUCUGCCAAACUUACUUUAUCCUUUUAAAAAUGUUUACAAACACCGUCUUCCUGAAGUGCAGUUUGGUCGCGCCUUUUAGCUCAUGAUUACAGAGAUGGAUAUGGUGACUAGUAGUUUCUGCUGUAACAGCGUUGUAAUAAUCGAUACCUACGCAAAGUCAAUGUGACCUGAAUAUGCCCCACCUGUCCCACAAUUGAAACGUAUUUGGUGAUAUGUGAAGAUCUCCCCUCCGCCUCUCAUAGUCUUUGUGACAGAUGUCAUGAUGCAUUGAUGUGACAGUCAAUGUUUGAACUCCCGCUUCAGUUCUGUCGCUGUAGCUCACCCAUGGCAGCUUCUUAAAUAUCUCACACGUCAAGGAUGAGUAGAUUUGCGGGGACCCAGCGGAGACAGGAGUGGUGACUAUGAGGACGCUAGCUUGACUUGUUAACGCCUUCAACUGUCCCUUGCGGGUCUCCCAUUAGGUUCCACCGGACAAAUCGUCUCGACCCAGAAGAGCAGCAUCUCCCACUGUGGGUCCACAAUCCUGUGGUGGCUCCUCCCUCCUCAGGGCACCACCGGACUUGAGACAGAGAGGCGGACUUCUCGCCAAAGAGAACAAAAAACUGUUGAGCAGACUUGGGAAGUGAGAGGGAAAAAAAAAGAAAAGAAAAUCCCUGUUUAUUAGCCUCUGCUUCAUGUCCGCUCAUGCAUGUGUUCAACCGCUCAUGAUGCUCAUUUCACAAGUCAGCAGAAUCAGAAAAGCCGCGGGGAACCAUGGGACUGGGUGAGCAUUAUAGACAGCGUGUUUAGCUCAACUUUCUUCCCUAAGAAAUGGGUGAUUCAGCAAUAACCAGACAGCCAGCACACAUUGUGCUUUAUAUCAGAACUAUUUGGAAACGUUUCGGUUGAAGUUGUUGCCAUACAAAUUCGAAAUACUUUCAACCAUCUCUAAGUAGACUAGGAAAGAAAUGAACAUGAUUCAAGGAAGUAUUCAACAUCAACUCACAACCAGACCAUGUUGGAGUUCAAACUCCAGAGUUUUUCAUGUGAAGACAAUGAAGUCAUGAUCAGCUAUGGAUGACUUGUUGACCAGCUCUGGCUUGCGCUUAACCCCAUUUGAGCUCCUGAAUCCAACAAAGUCCAAGCAUUCUACUUGUUCAUGACAUGAUCUCAGUCGUGAAAUAAGCACACACCAAGUUACCAGUUGAUCUGAACCAAACCAUGAACUUGCCUUAUAUUUGCACAAACCUUGCAGCGUCACUCGUCAUUUGUCCAAACGUUUGUCAAGUGCGGGGUUUUUAUUUUUCAGUCUUGUGUCCAAUGUGAAGAAUCUAUGAAGCGUGAAGGAGAUUCCAAGUAGACCAUGAGCAGAUGAAUUUCUUUUGCAGUAUGUGACGACACAAGGCUACCUCUGCAGAGUCCCUCUUUCAUCGCCCGAUCUUAAUGGAGCUGUGUGUUCAGUGUCGAUGUGAAGUACUGUAACCAACCUAUAUGAACUAUCUACACCUUCAAUGUAGAGUGAAUGUACCAUGAAUUGAAAGCCAAUGUAUAACCAACGCUGCAGCCGUGAGUGAAACCGUCCUUCAUCACACCUUGUACACUUGUGUUUCCAAAUUCAGAAGCCCACUGUCCUCUUAAACUGCCAAACUGAAGAGAAUGUACACCAACACGUUCUGUUUGAGUCACCACUCGGCCAGACAGCCAUAACAACCUGCAACACGCUGGUGUACCUUCUUCACACUCUAGUUUCUUUUCAUUUGAGUGACUUUUUCUACUUUUUCCAUGUGUAAAAAAAGUUGUUUUUAAAUGUUUCUACUUGAUUUUGAAAAAAAAAAAAGCCUUUUUGUACAUUUACAAUCAGACAGUGCAAGCUUUCUUCUCAUGGUGUCUUGAAGACCACGUUUUGGAUUCAGCAACUGUGUGAGCUCUAUGAUCAAGAUUUAUCAGCCUAUAGUGAUGAUACAAUUACUGUGUGGGUGUGCAUGUGCAAUAUUUUCUUAAAACUAUAUCAAAAUAAAUUUUAAUAUUUUUUAACGGUGGCAUAAUUUGUUUUAUUGAACAACAGAACUUGACAGAUCAAGGAACCACAUUCAUGUGGUACAACACAAGGUACACAACGAAGAAGUGACUUUUACCUUUUGUCAAUCAGAGAUUGAAAUUAAAUUCAAACGGCAAAGAGCCAACAGUAAAGAUACUUUAACUCAACACGUUAUCCAAGUAUGGCUCAUAAGGCAACAACAGUUAAGUGAACUCAAGCUAAUAAACCAAAGUAGGAUACUUGUAUGCAACUACAAGUAGAAAAGGAGAUUGUCCAGGUGUGUGUUGUGCUCCUUGUGCAGGCUCUGACCCACAAGGAAAGCCAGCUUGUGAGCGUACUGGCAGGGAGCAGGCACGGCGAUGAUGCCCUGUCAGCAAACCAGAGGUUGUAACGGUCCUGCGGGUAAACUGUGAUGAGUCCAUGGACAUACCUGCCAGUUGUAGUACAUGUGGCAGAGUUUGUAGGUGAGCCUCUGCAUGUGAUCGGGCUUCAGGCCGCUGGUGUCGUACACCACGUUGUAGUGUGUCGGGCACACUGUUCCCUGGCGGACUGCCUGGCUGACGAUGAAGAAGUCAUACCUAAAUGAUAAAAUGAAUCGGGGCAGAAUUGACAGAAUGUUGAAUCAUCUGGAAAUAAACAAAGAAAGAAACAGUGACGUUGUAGAUAAGACAAAAUACCACUCAGGGCGGGUGACGUCAGAGUCUACGAUGGUUCCAGGCGGAGGGUUGGACAGGCUCCCGUUGAUGUGAGCGAACAGUCUGGUGUUGAUGCGCUUUUUCACCACCACAACACUCAGCUUCGGCCUGAACAGGUAGCCCAGAUUA